AUGGAGUUGCUCACUGGAGAGUCCACUCAGACGGAUACUCCAACUUCCACUGGCGAUUAUAAGGUUCGUCUUGAUGUAAACAAUACUGGAAAUUAUAUCUGUGAAUCUACUUCUGGAGAUGUCAUUAUUACAGUUGUUAAUGAUCAGACUCUUGUACCUCCUACUCUAGAAAGCCAGUAUACCUGCUACACUCACACUCCAAGCUCAAAGAAUCUCACUCUUGAUAAUCCUGUCAAUGGGAUCUCUGCACUAACUCUGAGUCACGCCAACGGAAGUCCACCCAAGAAUGUAGAUCAUGCCCAUGUCUACCGUGACUCCAAAGGUCGACCAAUCCUCCUGGUAGUUGUUACUACUGAUGGAGAGAAAUGGUACUACGGCAAAUCUGGUUGCCAGGGUAGUCCUCAGACAUGGAUUGGUGGAAUGUUAAGGAGUGAUAGGUAUAUAUCUUCUGUUGAUUUAAGGAAUCUUCUUGAAAAGGCUUCUCAGGGUAAAUUCGACAAGGGUAAGCUUAAUCCGGAUGGUAGUCCUGGUUACAGCUUCUCUAAGAAUGGUACUCAUGACACUUCUGUCGAGGGAGAUUCAAAGAAGCACACAGUUUGCCUUAAUCUAGGAAACAAAUAUGAGUAUCGAUCCGCCAAUGGCACUAAGACUCUAAUAACGGUAGUUUUUAAGAAUGGCAACUCUUGUCCUGGCAUUCCUAGCGGAUUUUGUAGAUAUACUCAUAAAAUGAACUCAGGUCAAAAGUUUUGUCUGGAGUCUAUAAAACAUGGUCAGAAUGAUACUGAAAAAACCCUAGACUUUAGACCAUGUGUUGAUAGUUUAGUGGAUGAAGUCUCUGUAUACUAUGAGAACCAAAAUUGUAGAGAUACUACUCACAUGAAGGAUCCCCUCCUACUAUGCAUUAAGAAAUCUACUCCCAAGCCAGGAGGGAAGAAUGAAGAGUCAUACUCCUAUUACUGCAAGGGAGAAGAUAACUGUUGGUACAGGUAUAGGUAUGAUGGUGGACCUAGAAAUAAGUGUAUUGAGAUACCACCUACCGGUGGUACUAAUGAAGGACUAGGUAAACUGCUUAACGUACUUCAGAGUGAUCCCAGUAAAGCACUUACCAAGGAGAACUUCAAUAAUCUUGAGGGAGAUAGUACUCUUCAGAAUUUCCAAUCUGAUCAUAAGAAUUACGACUAUCGGAAGAUUUUAUGGGAUCCUAGUACUUGGCAUCUAUCUCAGACUUUCAUGCCACUCUUUAUGCACGGUUUAGCAGUUGGAGCAAUGGGUUCAAUUUAUCCUCAUUUGAUUCCUAAGACUCUGGUAUCUGCUAAACAUGGUAGUACUUUUAACAUCAGCAUGUUUUUGGCAGCAAUUGCUCAGAUUCUAAAUCUCAUAUUUUGA